UAAAAAUUCUGGAAAAUUAUAUAUUUAUAUUGAUUUAAAUGUAUCUUAUAACUUAAUUUCCGAUAUAUUUAUUUAUGUCAAAGUAAUUUUAUUGUCAUAACAUGAGUAACUGUUUAAGGAGUAUAAUUUUUAAAAAGGUUAUAAAACCUUUGCAAAAUAUAGACAAUGUUUAUCAACAAAAACUUAUAUCUAAUUUACACGUGAAGUGUAAUCAAACAUGCGAUACAUACUGUUUUAUGCUUCCUUUGAAAUCGGAAGAUUAUAACAUAACAAAUGAAAUAAAAAAUCUUGCACAAAAUAAUAUAAAGAGCACUUUUGAUGAUGUUAUAAUAAAAGAUGAUACUGUAUAUUUUAAUGUAUCAAGAGAUAAGUAUUUGAAGGCAAUCUUAGAAAGCAAUUUUUCUGCUGUAGCACCACCAUUAGUUAUAAAUAAUGAUAAAAAUGUCAUUGUAGAAUUUAGUUCACCAAACAUUGCUAAACCAUUUCAUUUUGGACACUUGCGUUCCACAAUUAUAGGAAACUGUAUAGCUAAUAUAAAUACUUUUUUACAAAAUCAAGUUGAAAAAAUAAAUUACCUAGGAGACUGGGGUACACAAUUUGGUUUUAUUCAAUUAGGAAUUGAAAUGACAAAUAUUGAGGAUGCAAAACUACAAACAGAUCCUAUUAAAACUUUGUAUCAAGUAUAUGUUACUGCCAAUAAGUUAGCUGAAAGCAAUCCAACAUUACAUGAGCGUGCUAAAGAAAUAUUUAAACAACUAGAAUUAGGGGAUAGCACAAUUUAUAAAAAUUGGCAAAGAAUUAGACAUUAUACUGUCAAGGAAUUGGAAAAGACAUAUAAAAGGAUAGGUGUAGUCUUUGAUAAAUAUGAAUGGGAAUCUAUGUAUACUGCUAAAAAUAUACAAAAAAUACUUGAUUUGAUGGAAGAAAGACAGUUAUUAACAUUAGAUAAUGAUAACAGGAAGGUAAUAGCCAUAAGUAAUGAAAGGACAGUUCCAAUUAUUAAAAGUGACGAUUCAUCAUUGUAUAUAACUCGAGAUAUUGCUGCUGCUAUUAAUAGGUUUGAGAGAUACAAAUUUGAUGCUAUGUAUUAUGUUGUGGACUAUAGUCAAACAGAGCAUUUUAAUAAUUUAAUUCAGAUUUUAAAUAAAAUGCAAUUACCAUGGGUAGAUAGAUUAAAACAUGUUAAAUAUGGUAGAAUACAUGGUAUGAGUACAAGAAAAGGAACAGCAGUAUUUUUAGAGGAUAUUUUAAAUGAGGCCAAAGAAAUUAUGAGACAAAAACAAAUUAAUACAAAGACAACUAAGGUAUCAUUAGAAGAUCUUGAUUCUACUUCUGACAUUUUGGGUAUUUCUGGUAUAAUUGUUUAUGAUCUAAAACAAAAUAGAAUGAACAAUUAUGAGUUUAAUUGGAACUCUAUACUCAAUAUGAAAGGUGAUUCUGGAAUAAAAUUACAAUAUACUCAUUGCCGAUUAUGUAGCUUAGAACGUCUAUCUAAUGCUACGUUAGUAACAGAGUGUGAUCCAAGUUUGUUAAAAGAACCAGAAGUUGAUAAUUUGAUCACACUAAUCAGUCAAUUUGAUGAAGUAAUAAUUAAAUCUUAUGAACAAUUAGAACCAUGCAUAUUAACAGUAUAUCUUUUGCAUUUAUGCAAAGCAAUCAAUGUUGCUAUGCGUACAUUGAGAAUAAAGGGUGAAUCAGUUGACUUAGGGAAUCAAAGACUGUUGCUAUUUCAUGUAGCAAAAAUUAUUCUUGCUCGAGGUAUGAAAUUAUUAGGUUUAACACCUUUGGAGGAAAUGUAAUGAAAACGAGUAUAAUUUUAACAAUAAAUCCCAGUUUUACACGUAUAAUGCUUAUGGACUGUUUGUCAUGAUUUCCUACAGUGGUCAUUCUAUUAUUUUGAAAAUAUUUGAGAGAUAUUUUAUAAGAACUUAUUCAAGUCUAUUAGAUACAUUCAGCAUACACAGAAUCGGAAAACAGAAUUAACGUUUCUUCCACGUGAAUUUUCUUCGAGCUCCUUCCUGUCCAUACUUCUUUCUUUCGCGGACCCUCCGAUCGAAUGUUAGAAGUCCGGCUAAGCAAAAUAUUCCUUUUAUAGAUUAUAUCUUUAACAAUUAAUAAGCAAUUAGAUUCUUUUCCUUACCAAUUCUCAUUUUUUCUAUCAUCUCGAUACUGACAAAAUUUCGAAGCGCCUUAGAAAUACCCCAACGAAUAAGGCCUGAUUGUCCAGUUGGUCCCCCACCAUAAGCGGUUGCUUCAACAUCAACUUUUUCGCUCAUAUCCGUAAAUAUUAAAGGAAAUAUAACCUGUAAUACAAAAUAGAUUAUGUUCAAUAUAAUUAGAGUAAUUUUUUAAUGCACGAAGUGUUAGAAAAUAGAUUAUUAAUCAAGUUAUGUGCCGAGUAUCACGCUGCUAAUAAAUUUUACAGUAUGUAUAUAUUGUACGUAGUAUAAUAUUUUUAUUAUCUUUUUCAAAAUUUUAUCAUAAGUUUUGAAUUUAACACGGCACGAAACCUGUUAACACUUUGACGACUGUUGUCACGUAUUCUUGAUUAUGAUGCUUAAUUUUUUAUACCAUUACUUUUAUCUACUAAAUGAAAUGUAAAUAAGGAUACGGUUGUCAAAGUGUUAAGUGCAAUGCAAAUAAAAGUAUUUUCUCAAGGCGAUUAAACUGAUUUCUAUCCACCUGAUGCUUUAACUUAAUAAUUAAUUUUAUAAUUUUAUUUCAUAUGAAAAAGAGAGAAACACCAGUUUAAUUACCUAAUUCUUAGAAAAUUUCUUACAAUGAAACGUGCCGGUCCUAGUCAAGUGUAUUUAUCUUGACGAUUUCCUACAAUUAACAACUCUUCUCUUAUUCAAAUGUUUAAACAACUACCAUCAGGACAAUCAUUAAAUUAUAGACUCGUUACUCGAAUACAAAAUAUUCAGAUUCAUCUCUUACAAUUAACAAUUAUUUUUAUUAAACUUUCAUCACGAUCAAAGAGACUUAAACUGUAUAAAAAAAAUUACGACUAUUAUUAUGAAUAAGUUUACGAAGUAACUCCUUCUCGCCACUUUCACUCUGUUCCCCCUAGGGGUCACUUGUUUUUUUACGACAUUCGAACUUACGGUUAUUUACAUAGAAACUUAAUUCAUUGCGAAACUUUCGAUCAUUUGUAUCUUUCGUUCACUAAUUACAACUAUCCCCGACGAGAGUCCUCCGUUUUGAGUUUUAAAUGAUUGUAAUUUCAGUACCUAGAAGAUCUCAGUUACUCUUUUCCUUCGUCAGACUUUUCACAACACUUUCCAGCGUCUUAUUAGUAUCUAACAGCUGCUCCUUCAGCGACUUGAUCGUGUCCUCGUAGGAUUGCAAUUUGUUAGCCAGGUUCUCAAUGACCAUUUGCAAACUAGGAUCUGAGUACUCCUCGGUCUGUUGUCUCAUCCACAUCACGUGAUCGCUCAGGCUGACAUUAUCAUCGUUCAUAAACGGUAUAUUCUUCUGAGCGAUCUCGUAGGCUGCUUUCAGGAUGUCCUUGGGCAGCCUCUUCUCCAGAGGAUUCAAAGGUUUUACCACCAGGACCCUUUUCCUGUUCUCCACGUUGAUCUUAUGAUCGGACAUCCACUUUCGGAAAGCGUAUGGGAUGGAACUAUUAUGCAGGACCAUUUCGGCCCUGGAUGUCAUGGACAGCGAUCCCCACCAGUAGGUUCAUCAGGAUCACCGUGACGAACACGAUGAACAGAGUGAAUAGUAUUUGAGAGCAUACGGACAGAGGAUGAUAAAUGACGAAAGGUCCUUCGGAUUCUAAUCCCUGAUCGAUCUGAGUGAUUAGACUGUCGAAGUCCAGCUCACCAGCCAUCAUAGCCAACACUUUGAUAAGCCCUGUGAACGGGUUACCGAAAGACGGUUCCCCGACGAAGAUAACGCAGAAACUGACGGUGAAGCCUAUCAGCAAUCCGGAAUAAGCUAGCAAUAACUUAGCGAAUUCGAAUUGUAUAUGGGUAAACAUUGCCACGUAGGUACCAAAUGCCGGCAGCUGGCCGACCAUCAGCAUCAGGUUCGUCCAGGCGCAUAGUAUCGCGAAUGCCCCCACGUAGUUCUGCCAGUCGUAGGUGCGUCCGGUGUAGAUGAACGAGGUGACGAACACGCUGAUGAUGACCACACCGUCAAGAACGUUAUCGAUAUUGGAGAAGUACUGUUUGGCUGAGGUGUAGACCAUGAAACCGAAGAUCUUUCUGGGAAUUGAUAUGCAGGUGAAGAUGAAGAGUAGGUACCACUGGAUCUCGAUGACGGGUCUUCUGAAGAGGAAGCCGGAGAUGCGUUUGCUGCUGCAGAUCUUGGAGCUGCUCGCAUCGUCGUAGUUGUAACACUUGUAGGCUAACGCGAUGGAGGAAUGCCAUGACUAGCGGAUGGGAGAGCAGAUCCUUGCGACGUUCCUGGACGAAGGUGUUGAUGAAGCUGGUCUCGCAUUGAUUACCACUGGGGAAGAGUAGAUCGAAGUGCAGCCUCAUUUCGAACUCCCUGUUAUGGGGGACGGGUCUCCUGAGGGUUAUCGAAGCGUCCAACCUCUGUCGGAACACCUGUAGAGACUCGGGGAUCUUCCUGAGGAUAAUGUUCAACGCGGACAGUCCUGCGCUGGUGGUCGCACUGACAUCGGCGCCCGCCCAGAUUAGAACAUCGACGCAGUGGGACUGCUCGUUUAGCGCAGCCACGUGAAGAGGAGUGAAGCCGGUCUUGUCCGCGGCGUUGAUCAGGGCGCCGUGUUUCAGCAGAAGCUCCACCAGCUUAGCGGACGAAUGCGUGGUCAUCACAGCGAAAUGAAGGGGUGUUCUGUGCGCCCUAUCCACGGCGUUGAUAUUCGUACCGGGUGAUUCGAGUAGCAAUUCUACGCAUUUUAUGGACUGGACGAAGCAGGCUACGUGGAGCGGGGUCUCGCCCGUAUGGUUCUUUUCGACGACGCUCGCUCCUCGUUCCAGCAACAGUUCCACGAUCUCCACCGCUGCUGCCCUAAUGGCGCAAUGCAAAACUGGCUCGACCAUCUCUUGAUAAAGACAGGUACUAGGCUUCGCGCCGUUAUCUAGAAGCACUCGGGCUGCGUCCACGGAGUUCCCUAACACAGCAAAGUGAAGAGGCGUGUAAUGAUUGAUAGGAUUCCUGCAAUUGAUAUCGACACCCUUCUCGAUCAGAUGCUCGAUGCAAGCUACGUUGCCGCUCAGCGAUGCGGCCAGGAUCGCGUUCAUGCCAGUGCAAGGCUCGACGUAUUCGCACUUGACUCCCCAGUCUUCCAGUUUCGGUAGAAGCCGAGCCAGCCCUCGGUAACAGCACCACAUCUCCAGCAGCAGUUUCAUCUCGGCGGUGGUGACGAUGGACCACAUUAUCGACCGUAGAUCGUUGCCGUUGAUCUGGGCCUGUUUCAUCACGUCCAGGUUGUCGUAGAACAGGGACUCGUCGACGGGUGGCGGAGUACCAGCGUCGAUCUCCACAUGAUCGUUCCUGGAAUUGAUCAGAGGAGCAUCGUUGAUCACUAUCGUCUCCGAGUUACUCGACUGUCGAUAUCUGACUGAACGGAAGGUGGAGGCGAACCUAGCGGGCAGAAGAUCGUUCGAUCGGUCGUUCAAGUUCGACAUAGAGGAAUGUUUGAUUCGUCCUUCGUGGGCGAUCGGUAACCUGAGUGUUUGGGUCAUUUGUUCGGUAACCGCAUCGCUGAUGUACGUCUUCAUCGAGGAAUCUCUGUCGUCGUCGUCGUCGUCGUCGUCGUCGAAGUUGAAGCUGGCUCGACGAUUUUUUAAUCUCGUUAAGGAAUAAUGUCUGGUUCUUCUGCCGCGACUCGUCAACCUCUUCGUUUUUCUUUCGUCCACGUUCUCGUGGAUUUCUCCGUCUCCUUCCAUCGCCCUCCAACAAUCAUUUUCGUCAAAUGACAGACGACGAUCUCUUAAACUGGUUAACGAGUAACGACGCGGCCUUUCCUCGGAAACGUUCAUCUUGAUCUUCGUCUUUAAUCUGUACCUUCUGUACGUCUUAUCGUUGAUUCGUUUCUAAAAGAAUGUAUCCCCUUUUUGACCGCGAUGAAAAUAACGAAGAAACUGCGCGGUAACACAAGAACACACUCUCUGCUAUCGUUGAUCACCUCGACAGAACGUUCCAAUCGUCAUACCUCGGCCUCACUCUUUUCUUCGUUUAUCACGUCACGUCCCAAAGUCAUUUGGAUCACUUUAAGAGAAUGCUCUCGUCAUUGCAGUACACGCGACUACCGGUGUCACUCGCCCGACUGACUUAUAUUAGCUACUUCGUAUUGGAUUCGUUCUAUAUAUAAGUUCAUAGGAAAAUACAUUGCUUCCGUUCGAGCAGCCAGUACUCCCUCGAAUAGGGACCUUGAACUUAAAAACCAACGGUACACAGGGUCACUUCCAAGCAAGUCUCACGUUGCAGUAAACUAGCUUUCUGUUGAUCAAAAUUCCAUCCAAUCGAUUUCUACUCCUUCUUCCUUUUUUUUUUU